UAUCGUAGAAGACUGUUCUGCGUGUCGUGAUAUUCAGAAAGAGAUAUUUGAUAUUGGGCGUUCUUUGUGGCAUAGUGACGGAAGAUCCAAGCGCGACCACCCGGACAACCUAAAGAAACUUCGCUCGCCGACGCGUCUUGUUCUUGCGCACCACCACGGCAUUGUCGCAAGCUCAGAAGCAGGCAUAGUGCAUGCAUCUUCCUGGGGAAAAUGGACGACGCAUACCCCGAGCUCCAGCUGCCGGAGUCGCGUGUGCUCAUUGUCUCCUUCCCAUAGUGGAGCUUCGCUAAAGAGUGACAGGUGGAACGAUAUGUAUGCGCAAAUCAGCAGACGGCCUGGUGCCUGCGAGAGGGUUUCUGAAAACUGGGCUUGCGCCUCGGCCAGUCUUCAACGAUGGUUCUUACCCGGAGCCGCUGGAGAUCGUGACUGACGACAGCGGCACGCGGAGGGCUGUUCAGAGUUUGAGGACACCUACCAGUGCUUAUGAACGUCGAGUAAGAUACUCUGUACUCGAGUUCGAUACAUUACUGGACAGUAGCUCCAUCAACGCGGAAGGCUGGGACCAGAUCGCAAAGACGAUCUACCGGAACUACCAGUUGUUUGACGGAUUUGUGAUCCUGCACGGCACUGACUCUCUGGCCUACACCAGCUCAGCCUUGAGUUUUAUGAUGCACAACUUAGGCAAACCCGUCAUUCUCACGGGCUCACAGGCACCAAUGAUGCAGCUGCAGACCGAUGCUGAAGAUAACUUGUUGGGCGCCCUGAUUGUAGCGGGCCAUUUUAUGAUACCAGAGGUCUGCCUGUUCUUCAAUUUCAAGCUCUUUCGAGGGAACCGCUCAACCAAGAUAUCAGCAGACGACUUCAACGCCUUCGGAAGUCCUAAUCUCCCGCCUUUGGCCACCAUCACCUCUCUUAGAACUAACGUUUCCUGGGGCAAUGUGCAUCGAUCCACGAGCAUGUCUCCGUUCUCCAUCCAGACGUCGCUCGACACGACACACGUAGCUUGCCUCCGUAUUUUCCCGGGCAUGAAGCCUGAAAUGGUCGAUGCAGUGCUACACCUGGACGGCUUGAAGGGCCUAGUUCUGGAGACAUUUGGAGCAGGCAACACUCCAGGUGGGCCGGACAGCCCAAUGACACGUGCCCUGGCCGACGCAGUAAAGAGAGGCAUCGUCAUUGUCAACGUAACGCAGUGUUUAAGCGGUAGCGUGAGCCCGCUCUACGCACCCGCGACCUUCUUGGGCCGAGUGGGCGUAGUCUUUGGCAUGGACAUGACGUCCGAAGCCGCCCUCACCAAACUGGCAUACCUGCUGGCACUGCCAGGCGCGACGGCCGAGGAAGUUGCGAAGAAGAUGUCCGUCUCCAUUCGGGGCGAGCUGACAGAAACGACACGUACGCACUUUGAGCAUCCCAAAACGAGCGGAACACUUACCCCAGAGCUGUCCAGCCUGGCUGCGCUUGGAUAUGCAAUCCAGAAAGGCAAUUUCCAAGAUACGAGGGACAUCAUUCGCGGCGAGCCUCGUUGGCUGCUGAACGAUGCCGACUAUAAUCUCAACACGCCCGUGCACCUUGCAGCCACAGGGCCUAACGUGGAAAUCCUGCGCGACUUUCUCGAGCAAGGCGCCUCGGUCCAUCUACGGAACCGCAGUGGGCAUACUCCGCUCUAUCUUGCAGCGGCUGCGGGGUUGAAAGAUCAUGUGGAGGUACUCAAAAGAGCUGGGUCGCAUUUGCACACAGACGAGGUGCCGCAAGCGCGGCUGCAAAUGGCGGAGGGCGACGGCAACACCAGCAUCUGGGAGGCAGUGAUUGGCUGAGAGGACGUAGGAGAUGAAUUCGCUGGAACGACGGGUAAUUGUGGUCAUAAGUGCGGCUACUAGGCUGCAGGAUGAUCCUGACGACGUCGUUGUCCUUGGUGAGCGCCGGGCCAACAACAUGGCCGUGGCAGACGCACGUCUUGUCCAAAGGGUCCGGGAAGGGCGUCCGGCGGCGACACGUUCCUGGUCCUGCUAGCUGGGUCGUAGGCGGGCGACUGCAACCGAAGGCUUAAUGGGAUCUGCUGCUAUCUGGCCAUCAGUUCGGCUUGGCCCGAGAUCGGUGGGCCUCUGGCUGCGGGGAAACACGUUGGGCCUCUCGAGUGGAGUUGAGCAGCUGGAGGGCUCGUCUACGUGAGAGGGCUCUCGGGCUCAGGCAUGCUGUGUGUAGCAGGCGGGCGAGGGGAUCACGGUCGCGGGCCAGGGUGCGCGAGGAGGCAUCGGUCGCUAGUCAUAGAGUUGUUUCAUUUUACUAACAGAUA